AUGUUAUACGACUUAAAAGAUAAGCAAUGGGAAAGGAUAAAGGAGAGUUUACCCGGAAAGAAAGGGGAUAGUGGAAGGAGUGCAAAGGACAACAGAAAGUUCAUAGCAGCAGUGAUGUGGAUAGGGCGAACAGGAGCGCCAUGGAGAGCUUUGCCUGAAGAAUAUGGCAAGUGGUUUAGUGUGCAUAAAAGAUUCAUAAGAUGGGCAAAAGCAGGUGUGUGGCAGAUGAUUUUCAAUACUCUAGCUGUAGACGAAGACACGGAAUGGCUGAUGAUAGACUCAACAAUAAUAAGGGCACAUCAGCAUGCAGCUGGUGCUAAAAAAAAAUGA